UGGUAUAAAACCCAAAACUCAGCUUCUAGAUAGGAAACGGACUAGGGAAGGGAGAGGCGGUCUGUGUUUUUCAUCUCCAUCUUCCCAGAGUUCUCUGCUUUUCAGACCGGCUUUUCAGGCCAUUCUCCAGGUUUGAAGCUGUUGGCCAGUCUCUCAGCUAGUUCCUUUGACUGUUCCUUUCUUGUCCCAUCUCCAUUUCUUAACUUAUGUGUGGUACUGUACCCCCAAAGCAACCCCACGAGUCUUCCCCUCCAAUCCCUGCCACUUUUUCUCCACCAGGUGCCGAGCCCAAGUAACUAAGGUCAGAGGAAGGUGGGUUUCAGAUCACCCAGGUGGGGGAUGACUUCGGGGUCCGCAUCUGUAUGCUGGCAGCAAGCGUAGCCUGCCCAGGUCAGGGGCGGGCUCCUACGCGGCCCCGCCCCUGCCUCGCGUUCACGUGACCCUGGGCUAAUCUUGUCCCGGUGACUUCACGGGCCCAGUAGUCAUGGUUACGCCGCAGCGCCCAGCCCUUCCCCCAGCUGGCUGUGCUCUCUUCUCCCCUCUUGGACCCCUCCCACAGCCGCGCCCCCAGCCCCGCACCACGUGACGGUCGGGAAGGAGGUCGACAGGGGAUGGGGCGCCGUGGCAGUAACCCCUUCCACUCCGCUUGCCGCGGUGCGGUCACUGGUGGCCAGGCGGUCCAGCAGGUGGGCCGAGAGCUUGCGAGAGCCCCAGCCUCGGGGCUUUGGUGAGGGAGGCGGAAGCCUUGGUUGGGGUCGUUUGCAGGAAAUUCUCCGGGCCUUGGAUCCCCUGGAACAAGAGUUAUAGGGGUUGUGAGCACCAUGUGGGUGCUGGGAAUGGAACCCCAGUCAUCUGCAAGAACACCUAGGCUGGCCUGAAACUCACUAUGAAGCCAGAGAUGACCUUGAACUUCUGAUCCUCUCACCUCCAUCCCUGACUGCUGGGACUGCUGGGCCCGCUGCUCAGGACACCUGGCUCCAGAGGCCAUGGCCUGCCUCCAUGAAACCCGAACACCCUCCCCUUCCUUUGGGGGCUUUGUGUCUACUCUAAGUGAGGCUUCCAUGCGAAAGCUGGAUCCAGACACUUCAGACUGCACCCCCGAGAAAGACCUGACACCCACUCAGUGUGUACUUCGAGAUGUUGUGCCUCUCGGUGGGCAGGGUGGAGGAGGGCCCAGCCCCUCCCCAGGUGGAGAGCCUCCCCCAGAGCCUUUCGCCAAUAGUGUCCUGCAGCUACAUGAGCAGGAUACAGGUGGGCCAGGGGGAGCCACUGGGUCACCUGAGAGUCGAGCAUCUAGAGUUCGAGCUGAUGAGGUACGUCUGCAGUGCCAGAGUGGCAGUGGCUUCCUUGAAGGUCUUUUUGGCUGCCUGCGCCCUGUCUGGACAAUGAUUGGCAAAGCCUACUCCACAGAACACAAGCAACAGCAGGAAGACCUUUGGGAAGUCCCCUUUGAGGAAAUCCUGGACCUGCAGUGGGUAGGCUCAGGGGCUCAGGGUGCCGUUUUCCUGGGACGCUUCCACGGGGAGGAGGUAGCUGUGAAGAAGGUUCGAGAUCUCAAGGAGACUGACAUCAAGCAUCUUCGAAAGCUGAAGCACCCCAACAUCAUCACUUUCAAGGGUGUUUGCACACAGGCCCCCUGCUACUGCAUCCUUAUGGAGUUCUGCGCUCAAGGACAGCUAUAUGAGGUGCUCAGAGCCGGCCGCCCUGUCACCCCCUCCUUGCUGGUUGACUGGUCCAUGGGCAUUGCUGGUGGCAUGAAUUACCUGCACCUGCACAAGAUUAUCCACAGAGACCUGAAGUCACCCAACAUGCUAAUCACAUACGACGAUGUGGUGAAGAUCUCAGAUUUUGGCACUUCCAAGGAGCUGAGUGACAAGAGCACCAAGAUGUCCUUUGCAGGAACAGUAGCCUGGAUGGCUCCUGAAGUGAUCAGAAAUGAACCUGUGUCUGAGAAGGUUGACAUCUGGUCCUUUGGGGUGGUGCUAUGGGAACUACUGACUGGAGAGAUUCCCUACAAAGAUGUAGAUUCCUCAGCCAUCAUCUGGGGUGUGGGAAGCAACAGUCUCCACCUGCCUGUACCCUCCAGCUGCCCAGAUGGUUUUAAAAUUCUACUUCGCCAGUGCUGGAAUAGCAAACCACGAAAUCGCCCAUCAUUCCGACAGAUCUUGCUGCACCUGGACAUUGCCUCAGCUGAUGUGCUCUCUACACCCCAGGAGACUUACUUUAAGUCCCAGGCAGAGUGGCGGGAAGAAGUAAAACUGCACUUUGAAAAGAUUAAGUCAGAAGGGACCUGUCUGCACCGCCUAGAAGAGGAACUGGUGAUGCGGAGAAGGGAGGAGCUCAGACAUGCCCUGGACAUCAGGGAGCACUAUGAACGCAAGUUGGAGAGAGCCAACAACCUGUACAUGGAACUGAAUGCCCUCAUGCUGCAACUAGAACUCAAAGAGAGGGAAUUGCUCAGGCGAGAGCAGGCUUUAGAAAGGCGGUGUCCUGGUCUACUAAAGUCACACCCUUCCCGGGGCCUCCUACAUGGAAACACUAUGGAGAAGCUCAUCAAGAAAAGGAACGUGCCACAGAAACUGUCGCCCCACAGCAAAAGGCCAGAUAUUCUCAAGACAGAGUCUUUGCUACCUAAACUAGAUGCAGCCCUAAGUGGGGUGGGGCUUCCUGGGUGUCCUAAGGGCCCCCCUUCACCUGGAAGGAGUCGGCGUGGCAAGACCCGUCACCGAAAGGCCAGUGCCAAGGGCAGCUGUGGAGACCUGCCUGGGCUUCGUGCAGCUUUGCCACCCCAUGAGCCUGGAGGACUAGGAAGCCCAGGGGGCCUAGGAGUGGGCCCUUCAGCUUGGGAUGCUUGCCCCCCUGCUCUCCGUGGACUCCACCAUGACCUUCUACUCCGAAAGAUGUCAUCAUCAUCCCCAGACCUGCUAUCAGCAGCGCUGGGAGCCCGAGGCCGAGGGGCUACAGGGGGAGCUCGGGAUCCUGGCUCACCACCUCCACCCCAGGGCGAUACUCCUCCAAGUGAGGGAUCAGCUCCUGGUUCCACCAGCCCAGAUUCACCUGGGGGAGCUAAAGGGGAACCACCUCCACCAGUAGGGCCUGGAGAAGGUGUGGGGCUGCUGGGAACUGGAAGGGAAGGGACUGCAGGCCGGGGAGGAAACCGGGCUGGGUCCCAGCACUUGACCCCCGCUGCGCUGCUGUACAGGGCUGCUGUGACUCGAAGUCAGAAACGUGGUAUCUCAUCUGAAGAAGAAGAAGGAGAGGUAGACAGUGAAGUAGAGCUACCCCCAAGUCAAAGGUGGCCUCAGGGCCCGAACAUGCGUCAGUCACUAUCUACAUUCAGCUCAGAGAACCCAUCAGAUGUGGAGGAAGGUACAGCUAGUGAGCCUUCCCCAAGUGGCACACCAGAAGUUGGCAGUACCAACACUGAUGAGCGGCCGGAUGAACGAUCUGAUGACAUGUGCUCACAGGGCUCAGAAAUUCCACUGGACCUACCUACUUCAGAGGUAGUCCCUGAACGUGAAUCCAGCUCCUUGCCGACACAACACCAGGAUGGCCAGGGCCCCAAUCCUGAAGACUCAGACUGUGACAGCACUGAAUUGGACAACUCCAACAGCAUUGAUGCCUUGCGGCCCCCAGCCUCCCUUCCACCAUGAAAGACACUCUUAUUCCUUGUACAUAGAGAAAUAUUUAUAUAAAUAAUAUAUAUGCGCCACAUAAUCAACAGAUAGAUGGGGCUUUCUUAGCCUUAAGCCAGGCUUAAGAGUGAACGACGCCCCUGACCAAUUACCGAAUAAGUUCUGGGGACACUGGCAGCUGUGGGAAUGAAUGACUCCAAGUACUACCCUAGAGCUAUAAGGAAAGGAAGCUGGUCCCUUCUUGCUUCACCCCAUUCCUUAUGUUGAACAAGCAAGUAGGCAAUAGAAAAGCCAGGCUUGUCUCUAUACUGUCUAUCCCUGAACACUGGAGGGGCAGGAAGAAGAUUCACUUAAAACUGCACUUUUAUUUUCUGUUUACUGUUUACACAUUUUGCACUUGGGAGGAGGGAAACUAAGGCUGGGUCAUCCCUCUGAGGUUUCUCAGGUGGCAAUGUAACUCAUUUCUUUGUUCCUGUUUCUCUGCCCAAACCCUGGCUUUGGGCCCAGAGGCAAGUUAAACGACUAACAGCAUGUGAUGGCUCAGGCUGAAGAACUGGGGUGCUGUUAGUCCCCACUGUUAUCUUGGUGCCUGGUAGGGGUGGGGACUGUCAUAUUGUAACCCCUGUGAACAACCUUGAAAUAUAACCACUCCAUGCAGGCCCAACUGUCGAGGGUUUUCUUGGUGAAUGAGUGGAGUGGUAUAAUACAUGGUUUCGCCUUGGAUUUAAGAUUUUAUCUGAGGAAUUUGGACAAGUUACUUUCUAAGUUAACAUAAAUGAUAGCAGGUAAACUUUUCUAAAUGAUUUCAGAACAAGGAGGUCUCAAAACACCUAUGGAGAUAACUAAAUUAAAGAAUGCAAGGUAGAACAAGGGGCAGCCAUUCCCAAGUUUACUAUCCACGAGUUCCUGCCCAGCUCCAUAAAUGCACCAGCUGCUCUACAAUCCUAGGGUAAGUGUAUUUGUCAAUCUCCGUAAACAAGUUUUCAGAGGCUACCCAGUAUCAUGGAGGGGGAGGCGAUCGAGGGCAAAUUAAAAAAAAAAAAAAAUUGGAGUGGUAAAAAAGGAAUUAAUUAAUUAAUUCUAUUGAAACUAAAUCAGGGCUCUCUGAAGGUUAAAAGGUAUAAAAAUAACAUCAAACAGGAACAACACCCACAUAAGUCACUGUGGCAUCCAGUUUCUAUUCACAAAGAAAAAGCUCCAGUCCAUCUUUUAAUUUUUUUUUUGAAAAAUUCCUGACAUUACAGAACUAAACUGAAAUGUAUUAAUAAUCCACUCUUACAUUUCCAUGACAAACAAAAAUUCAUGAGCCAAAAAAAAAAAAAAAACCCAAAAAAACAAAAGGGGGAGAAGCUUA